AUGGAGAACCUGCUGGCUGCUUACGAUGAGGGCGAGGAUGAUGAAGUGGGCGAGGAAGAACAAGUGACUGAGGCUUCCAUAAACCUGAAGCGAAGCCGAGCUGAUGCGCUGGAGGGAAAACACGUAGACACAUCUCCAGACAAGCGGGCUACGCUCGCCGCGGCAACAAAGACCAAGAAAGCUCGCGUGUCAGAGGGUGCAAAGCCGGUGGUGCUCCUGCCGCCCCCACCUGCCGACCUGUUUGGCGGCGGCAGCUCCCCCAACGAAGCAAAGGACAGCCCCGCGGCACACCUGGGCCGCGUGCGAAGCUUUCCGCACAUUGAAGGCAACUACCCCACCUUCGUCUACAUACCCGUGUACAUCACAGCCGUGGAUGGCCUGAUGCCGUGUGCCGAUCGGCUGCUCCAACAGUUCCGCGACUGGCUGCCCGGCCGACAGGUCUACUCCAUCAGCGAGCUGCGGGAUGAAAGCAGCGGCGACGUCACGAGCAGCCGCCGGCCGCUGGAGCUGAUUUAUCACGUCAGCAUCUCACGCACCGUGGGCGUGCGCCAGCACCAGAUCGACCCCCUCAUCGACCUUUUGCGGUCCACCCUCACACCCGAGCGCAGUUUCGAGGCCAGCUUUGGGGCGUACGAGGUGUUCACAAACGAUGAGCACACGCGAUCGUUCCUCUCGCUGAGCGUCGUCGACGGGAAAUCCAAGGCAGCGCUCCUCUCUCCGCUCAAUCUUCUUUUCUCUCUUUUGUCUGAUCCGCGCUGGCUGUGUGUGUGUUCGCUCAUCGCCAAGGUGGACGGGGUUUUCAAGCAGUUCCGACUACCGACCUACUACGAGGAUCCGCGGCCACACAUGACGAUCGGGUGGACCUUGGAGGAUGUGCUGUCCACCGACGAAAAGGGACCGCCGGGCCUCCGUCCGGACAGGCGCCACUCCCUCGACCCCGACAUGGGCGGCCCGUUCCGCUUUCGGGUUGGCAACGUCCAGUGCACGCCCGGCCGCCUCAUCUACGACUUCCCCCUGAAGUAG